UGUUUGUAGACAAUUAAAAGCCUACAAUAAACACUGACUCCAGACAUGCGCAGUACCAUGACGCUCCCCCUUUAACUGUAACGGCCGCGAUUUUAUGAAGAAUUUGGUGGAAAGAGACAGUAUUCUCGUGUAAUUAUUUCUCUGAGAAGAUGCUUUUUGGAUUGAAGUGCAAAUUGUGCGGACGACAUGGAGAGACAAGCGGGCGACACACAGGGUACCCACGUAAUGAUCAAAACGUUUCCGCAUAGUUAUACCAUUUUCAUAACCUACGGCACCGGCUUUGAAAGUCAAAACACUUUUACCAUGACUUAGUAGAAGCGUUCGUAAAAAAACUGAGAGAACAACAGUUCAAAAGUCCCUAUCAGCCGCCAUAUUUUUUUUCAUUGUGACCAAGUACCAUGGUAUGGUAAUUCGCUUAUUGGGGGAAGCUGUUGUAGUAUUUUCGAUUAAGUAUGGAAAAUACAAAAAGCGUUCACUAGUAGUGGUCAUUAAAUAAUUUGCCUUCCAUUUUUUUUUAAUACAAAAGGUAACAAAGGUGUUGCUUACUACAACUCUUUAACUUAAACCUUUCCGAGACGCUGGUAUCGGGUUGUGCUCACAUAAAAAACUUCACGCAAAAGCAAAAUUAAUCAAAUAUAACUCGAAACAUUAGGAUUUCGAGUUAUUGAGAGUAAAUAUGUAUUUAAAUUUCUUACACAUCUUGAAAAUAUCUAAGAACUUCCAGUAAGCACUAGCACGCUUCCCCUAGUGAGCAAAGCCUAAAAACGCCUGCGAGGAAGGCUAAGUAAGCACCCGUUCGAAUUAUCGAGGGUAACGAUCUGUAAGGAAGGAUAUUCCAGUGUUCGAGGGCUCGACUUAUCGGUAUUAGCUGCAUACAAAGCCAAAUAAAAAUUUUGUAAUUGUUCUCGGAAGUCAUUCGGGCGUUAAAAUGCUGACCCCCCACCCACGAAGCUCUUAAACCGUCGCCUAAGGAAGUGUGGGAUAUCACCAAAGGGUUCCCAUCCUUUGCCCGAGGCUGAUGUCAUGGUUAUGACGUAAUUGAUUCACCUUUGACCGGAAUCUAUUUUUUGCACACCGGAAGUGCGAGUGUUCCGUGUCAGCCUUAUUCGUCACAUCCGUCGCUUCUUUACAUAUACUUUUUAGUUUGUAACACAUAGACAGUAACAAAAGGCCUAUUUGUCUCGUAAAUUAUAUUUAAUAUGAAUAAUUUUAAAUUAUCAGCGCUCUGAAUAUUGUUUUAGUUGUAGGCUCCUUGAAUAAAAUAUGUAAGAUUCUUUAAGAUUCUUUAAGCUUCCAGCUUGAAAUGCGCCGUCACAGAUUCUAGAUAUCAAGUUUGCGUGCGAUAACUGUAUUUGCCCGCAAGGUGUAGUCAAUUUAUUUCCACUAGCUUAUUUCUCCCGUAAAGGACUAUUUGAUUAUCGACACCCUUGACAUUAGUAUUAAGGCCAAGUGCCCUUUUAAAAAUAAAACACUUAAAGGUAGGUGCUUUUAGGAUAAUUUCAUCUCCUUUUUAAUGCCAUCCGCUUUUACUUUUGGAAAGCGACAACAUGUUUAGAAAAAAACCAAAGUAGUCAUCCUUGUGUUUGAAAGCUCGAAAGAAAAAAAACAUUCUAAAAACUCUUAUGCAAACUGAAGUAGUUAAGUGGGUACAUCGGUUUCGCAAGAUGCGCCCUCUCCUGUUAGACUCAGCCUGAAAAAAAAAACACACACAAAGUGCAUAGUAUGAUUAUCAGCUGAAACGGGGUGCUAGAUAAAGUGCGUAUUAAAAAUCCCCUUUGACAACUCGAUAGGCGAGAGCGAAAGAUCCCCUUUAUGUAACUGAAGGUAAGCGCGAACACUUGGAAUCGUGCGAUUCUCACAUGCUUAUAUCAUUAAGCAAAUUGCGUUGUUUACUUGUAGGAAUUAAGGAUUGGCAUACUUCUCGAAAUUGAAUGAGUAUUUAUUUUUUUCAAAACAGUAAUGGUUUCUAUUGUCAUCGCGCUAACUCAUUUGUUUUUCGUUUUUCAUCUCUGUUGAGGGAAUGUUCCAAAAGAUAAGAAAUUCGAAAUUACUUUUGGUGCUCGCCUGAUAUUACUACUACCAAUUAGAUAUUGAUAUUGCCUCUAAUGACUCCCAAGAACUCGAAGAAAUGACAAAUCUAUCAUCAGUCUGGUUCUACCUUUCUGCUUAGUAAUCAAAGUAUAUUUUCAUCUGAUUUGAGCCUCAUACUCAUCUCAUACGACACAUUAUUACUUUCCUCAAAGUCCAAUAGCUGGCGGUCGCUGACAACAAACUGUCAGCGGUGUAAUGACACUGAGCUGUUCCUUCCGUCCUCCGCGCACUAGCCCAUCGUGUCUAGACGCGAGAGAAACCUCAUCUCGGGGGCAACAGAGGCGUAAGGGCAGUGCGCAUCAUAUAUACGCUCUUCUCUAUAGCUCUUGAACCACACGGAUAUUCAUAGGCUGUAAUUCGGCCCGCUAGAAAUAGCGCGUUGAUCAAUAAUUGAAAGAUUACAGGUGGUGCUAUACUGCUGGGUGAAAGGAUAUAUUGAAUUAGUGAUGCACGUUUAUUGGAAAGCACCGAAUUCAUCACGGAACGCGAAAGUGUUAUUGAUCUGAGCUAACAAGGGAACGUGUGACGGUUUCUUUUAGCCGUUUUUUUUUUUUUUCACACCAAGACUUAACGGAAUAGCGCUGCAUACUCUGGAUUAGACAGCACUGAAGCUAAGAGAAGAAUCGAGCUGACUUUGAUUCAUUAUCAAGAAGACAACAUAAAAGACGUUCCCUGACAUAUCAAGCCUGAUACCAUACCAGCCUUUUCGUUGAAACUUCUUACCGAUCCAGAUUCUAUACCAAAGCUUCUAAGCUCCGUUAUUCGACUUCCUUCGAGCAGCUAGAUCCAGCUCUGGGGUGAUCAUUAUUUAUCUAGGCAACUGGAUAAACCAGUUCCUCAAUUCAGGUUCAUGGACAAAGAGAUCUAGCAUUCGGCUGAAGUAGAUCCUGGUUUAGAAUUCUAGAUUCCUGACAUCCCGAUCUAGAUCGCUGUUUCUUAUGUGCGUUGGAUGAUGUCGAGGCCCGUGGAUCUCGCCGUGUUCUUGGUUUGUAUCGUGUGCUUGGUGGUAGCGGUAAAGACUCUACCGAACAUCACCAUAAGUUGUCUGGUUAAUGUGGGAGAAAAUGACGAAGAUGGCUUCAGGCGAUCGCUGCAACUUGCGAGGCAACUAGUACGCAACAACACGCAAUUCUCGCAACUCACUGGUAACUUCUCGAUCCACUUGCAAAUUAAUGACUUACCGACUAAAGUAAGCAGUGCUAUCUACGUAGCCGGAGAGAUAGCUCGCACUGAGCCUAGGCCAGUCGUAGUCCUUGGCCCUGCUGUCCCAGAGUCCACAAAAUCUGUCGCAGAAGCUUUGGAAUCUCAUAGAACGUUACUGGCCCCAUUCUCCUUCACCUUGUUCGCGACAGAAGGAAAAGGUCAUGUGAUUAGUGCAAGUCCCUCUAUGAGCGCGGUCAUCGAGGCGAAGGUGUCAUUCAUCAGCAGAUUUUCUUGGUCACGUGUCGGUAUCCUGUACGACUACAGGCGCGUAGAUGGCUUCUUUACGCUCUUCAAAGAUUAUCUAUUGACGAGCUUGAGAAACCACGGUAUAACAACAACUGGAGAAGUCGGCAUAGAUCCUUCUAACCCUGACCUCCAAUCCGCCAAGACGUUUAUCCGUGAGAAACUUAUAUCUCUAAUGGUGGAAAAUACUAAGAUUUUCCUGGCAGAAGUUGAUUCCUUUGGGGCACUGGUCUUAUUUUGUGAGAUCUACAAACUAAACUUACACCAAGCCAAUAACGUCUGGUUGCUCAACCCGUUAGCCGGGAGCGUGGAUGACUGGCUAACGUGGUACAACUCGACCGAGCAUGGUCAACUUGUUUCUUGCCCAAGUGAAGCGAUUCGCACGGCGGCAAAUGGAGCGUUCGUUUUCGACAAGCAAAUAAUAAGGAGGGAUAACAUUCGUACUGUUUCAGGCCUGUACGCUACCGACUACCCAGCCAAACUUGUCCAGAUGGCCAAGGCAGGAGAGGGUACAUCAGCCAGCAAGCUGCAGACAAGCGCUUACGGCUUCGACGCAUUCUGGGCAAUCGUAACCGCGCUGGACCAACUCCACCAGCGUGGCGUCAACCUGGACACAACCACCGCCAACAUGACCAUCCUCACCAGCAAUAUCAUCCAACAACUGAACAACGUGUCAUUCCAAGGCCUGACGGGUCCGGUGUCUUUUACAGACAACCAGAGGAAUGGCAUUAUCGCGAUCAAACAGUUCCAGGAAGGUGGAAGGAAACUGGUGAAUGUCGGUAUCCACAUGAGUGAAAAUUUGGAGUUUUUCAACAACACGAACUUACUAUGGGCGAAUGGUAUGGCUCCCUUGGAUAAACCAGCAAAGAUCCGGCUUGUGAUUGGCUGCCUUGUGUACCAGAUGGAUAACAAAGAAUACAAAGACAAGUUUGGUUUCGUGCGCUCGUUAAACUUAGUACGGGAACUCAUCUACAACAGAACAGAGUUUAAAACUCUUACGGACAACUAUGAUAUCCAGCUGAUGUUUUUAGAGACUUACAAACGAGCAUCGUUAUCGAUAUUCGGGGCAUAUAGGUCAAUGCAGAACAAGCCACGGGCCAUUGCUGUACUUGGACCUGCUUUAGCCGAAAUGACUGAGCCCACGGCCGAUGCUCUUGAUGUCUUUGAAACUCUCUUGGUACCGUUCAGCUCAAGGAUCUAUGUGUCACACAAGUCGAACGUGAUGGAAUCCAGUCCAGAUAUGAAUGGCGUCAUAGAGGCUAAAGUUGCCUUUAUGAAGCACUUCAAUUGGAAAAGGACGGCCAUAUUGUACAACUUCCGUGGUCAUGGCGGGUUCUUCACAGCGUUUGUUGACGAGCUAACGCGUCAGCUGCGAAAUAACAGCAUCGAAAUUUCUGGGACUUUUGGCAUCGAUCCCACCUCGAUAGACGUAGAUGCAUCAAGGAAAUUUAUAAAGAACAAGUUGACAGUUUUAAAGGAAGAUGAUACAAAGAUCUACAUGGUGGAAAUGGACGCCUAUGGAGCGCUGGUGUUAUUCUGUCAGGUGUACCAUCUCAAAUUGCACGGCCCUGAUGUCGUUUGGCUCCUGCAUCCUUUAGUUAAUACUAUGGAGUUGUGGUGGCGUUAUAACGAUACGAAAAAUGGUCAAAUUGUGCCCUGCACUAAGGAACAGAUCAAAGAGGCAGCAAAAGGCGCAUUCAUUUUUGAGCGAGUUCUUAUGAGAAACGAUGGAGUUCGAACUGACGCUGGAAUGACCAAAGAUGAAUAUAUCAACAAGAUUAUCAGUAUGCAAACUCCUGGGGAUAUAAACAAUCUACAGGAUCUGAUGACUAGUGGAUAUAGCUUUGACGCAUUUUGGGGUCUCAGUAUUGCACUAAACAACUCUGCUGCAGCCAUGAAGCAAAAGAAUCUGACACUAGACACUAAUCAAGUGAGACAGGCCUCCGAUAUGCGGAAAAUUACUAACGAACUGAAGACACAGCUGAAUAAAGUCAAAUUUGAAGGUUUGACGGGUCCAGUGAAGUACUACGACUACAAACGUCAAGGGGUAUUCGUUAUCAAGCAAGUAAAAGAAAAUGAAAAUUAUGAACGUGUUGGCACGCACAUGACGAGCAAUAACAGACUUUUCUUCAGUAACGAGAGCAAUCUCUGGCCAAAUAAUGAGAUACCAAAAGACCGUUCUAGGAUAAUUUUUACAACAUUGGUCAUCAAACAACCCAUCAUGAUCGCGGUAGCCUCGGCCACAGCUGUCGGCAUUCUUCUUGGGCUACUCUUCCUCACCUUUAACUUCGUGUACAGAAAAUACAAAUUUAUCAAGUUAUCUGCACCUCUGUUCAACAACAUAAUCGCUUUUGGCUGCAUUCUUUGCUUGGCUUCUGUAUACCUAUUCGGUAUUCAUGAUGCCGCAGCGGAUGAUUUCAGCAUCGUUUGUAAGGCAAGAGCUUGGACCCUGUCUAUCGGAUUCUCUUGUGCGUUCGGAGCCAUGUUUAUAAAGACGUGGAGAAUCUACAAAAUCUGUACCAAUAAAAAGCUGAAAGUCAAGCUUGGCCCAUUGUCUGAUUGGUACCUGCUUUCUCUGGUUGCAAGCAUCAUUAUCGUGGAUCUCGUUAUUCUGAUCACGUGGGAAGUUGUUGAUCCACUUCACCACAAGGUCUAUAACUUCGCUAAAGAGAAAGACGCAAAGAAGCCAUUCACGUUGAACAUUAACCAGCUGAAUAUCUGUACUGCGGAUAUGAUGAUCGUGUGGCUGACAGUAAUGUACGUCUACAAGGGUGUGCUUCUUCUUUACGGAGUCUUCCUCGCAUACGAGACGCGGAACGUUAUUUAUGCACAUCUCAACGACUCGCGCGUUAUCGGUAUCUGCGUGUAUAACGUCGUGGUGUUAUCAGUGGUGGGAGCGUUCCUGUCGAUUAUACUCCAGCAUGAUAACUACGAAGUCAUGUUUAUGGUGCUGUCUGUCUGUAUCAUUUUCCCAGCGACUGCCACUAUAUGUCUUUUAUUAUUUCCUAAGGUAUCAUACCGUUGCAAAACCAACAAUUUAGACGACGCGGACACAACUUUAAACGGUGGGACAACGGGGGCGGGUCGUACCAUGGACUUAUCAAGCACUUGCUACCCAACCGAGGUGCACCACAGGGAAAAAUCCACUGACCCCCCUCCCGCACAGAACGUCCCUAGCGUCGUGCUCUCGUAUCAAAACGGGACGUCCAACCGGUCCACAGGAUCACCCAGCCCCACUAACGAGCCGGAAGGGCCUAGGGCACAGCCUGCGCUACCGACACCAAAGGAUGAAAACCACUUAUCCGUGGAAAAUAUAGCAAAUUGAAUGAAUUAACGCAACGCAAUUUUGCGACUGAAGUGGACUUAUGACGCUUACGUGACAAACACCUGAUGUCUUCCUUGCGCUAAAUCAAAUCAUGGCGUGAAAGUACCACCAAUACCCUUCAUAUAAUUCUUAUAAAGGGCUUUUAUGAAUAUUUGCGUGAUUGCAUCGUAAGUGAAUCUCGUGCCCUUCUCGUAUAAAGGUUGCAAAUUGCCUACGCGCGCUUCUAUCGUCUUCGUCCCCUUCUCGUUGUAAAGGGACUCAUUCAAGUGACCGGUACGUAAUAUCGAGUACUAGAAUACCUACGCCGGCCAUGUAGUUACUUCUUCCCACAAAGGUACGCAUCGCCCAAAUCCAUAAGGCCAGUAGGUAAAAGACAAGUGAAAGAAAUCAGGGGGCCUGUGCCUUAAUAAAAAAAAAAUUACAAACAAAAUGUACAAUAUUAUAUGAGAUGUAAAUAUAUCAAAGGUUGGGUUGAUCCCACUGCGAAAACAUUUAGUAAUAAAAGUGACAGAAUUUACUAA